AAAUCUUGGCAGGAAGAUUAACAGGCGAAAACAAUCAAUCAAUUUCAGGGGGCACGAACUCACAACGACCAACAAGGGGGAAUUUGUUCAUUGAUCGAGAUUCAAAAAAUCGCAAGAAUUUUACAGUUAAAGUUGUGAUUUUGAGGAUCAAUUGAAGAUGGGAGGCCAUGGAGGCCUGAACAUUCUUCCCCAGAAGCGCUGGAACGUCUACAACUACGAGAACAGAGAGAAAGUUCGCCGAGAUGAAGAAGCCGCCGCCAAAGAAGAGCAGCUCAAGCGCGAGCAGGCUCGCAAGCGGGACGCAGAGUCCCGUCUCGAACAGCUCCGAGCAUCUCGCGGCUUGGCUCCGGUGAAGAGAGCCGACGCCACGUCGCCUGGCAACGAGUCCGAACCGAAAUCGGGCCACAUUAACCUCUUUGAAGGAAUUAAGAUUUUUGAUCCAUUGGAGAAGGAGGGAGGUGAUGAAAAAAAUGGCCCCAAGAAGAAGAAGAUGAGGAAAGAGGACGCUGCAACGAAGGUUGUGAAUGCGGAAGAUGAGAAGUAUAGAUUAGGAUAUGGUGUUGCUGGGAAGGGAGUUAAGUUGCCUUGGUAUCUUGAGAGAAGAAGCGGAGAUGCAAAUGCAAAUGCGAAUGUGAAUGCUGAGGGUGAGGAUAGUAAUGGGUCGUCGAGAGUGACGAAGGAGGUGGGCAAGAAGAGCGGGAAGAAGACGGUGGAGGAGUUGAGAGAAGAGCGGCUUAAAAGAGAGAGGCGGGAGAAGGAGAAGGAACGUGCUUUGUUGAUGGAGAAGAGCAGAAGAGAUGGAGGCUUUUCCAGGGAGAGAAAGCAUUCAAGGAGGGUGUGACCGAGGGCCGAGGCAACGAAAUGAGGUCUCUAGAUUUUUUUUAUUGCUUAUUUCGAAUUUCGCCUUGUUUACUUCAGAAAUCCCAAGUCUUGUCUUUGAGUUUCAAUUACAUGGAAAGAAUUCUCUUCAUAUUUUGGUGAAGUUGGCAGAGUAAUGUAGAUAUGCCUAAAGUUGAACCAUGAGUAGUUCUGGUGAUAGCUGGUUGAGGAGAAAAGCAGUCCCUCGUUUAUGAACGAGUUUAAUGCUGAUGAAUUUGUUUCAUUGCCCUUGCUAAUAUUUUGGCCUGUAGUUGUUACAGGAUUAUCCUGUUCUAUUGAAUUUCUGUUGUAUUUUGAAAUUUGACCACGCUUUUCUAGAGCAAAUGUCGAAUUGAUGGAUCUUAUGCAUCCAGAUCCUCUGUUGUAUGUGUCUGCGUAGCGAAGCAAUUCUUGUUCUGUAACCAGUCGGUGGCUCGGUUAUCAAAUAAUUUGCGGAACGAAUCUAUAUUGGUUGGUCAGCGUA